AUGUCUGCUUCGCCAACUCAGACAGCUGCUCCUUCCCAGAAGCGGCCUCUAGAGGACCCUUCGUCCCCAUCCGGCCCAACCGACCAGCCAGAAGCCAAGCGCCCGGCUCUUGAUAAGGUUGUCAAGGGCGAAGAAGCUGAGGGCAAUCAAGCUCCCGAGCCUGUCCCAGCGGCCGAUGAGGCGAACCAAGGUGACGGCGCAUUCGCCCCUCCCGCUGCUGAGAACGGAACAACGGAAAAUGUAACGGCGCCUGAUGCGACUGCUACGACUGAGCAGCUCGGCGCUGCGUCUACCCAAGACACCCAGCCUAUUCAAUCCACUACGGCCUCCGCCACUGGACAGGUAGCUGUUCCUCCUACUGCUACGCAAACUACGCAGGACGAAACCAAUUGGAUCCAUGUUCGUGCCGUCAUUUCCAGCGCCGAGGCUGCCACCGUCAUUGGUAAGGGCGGUGAAAAUGUAACUCAAAUUCGCCGCAUGUCUGGUGCCAAGUGCACCGUCAGCGACUACUCUCGAGGCGCCGUUGAGCGCAUUCUGACCGUCAGCGGUCCUGUAGACGCCGUUGCCAAGGCAUUCGGUCUUAUCAUUCGCACCCUGAACAACGAGGCCCUCGAGGCUCCUUCGACGCCCCAGUCAAAGACUUAUCCCCUGCGUUUGCUCAUCCCGCACAUUCUCAUUGGUUCCAUUAUUGGCAAGCAGGGUGUUCGCAUCCGAGAGAUUCAGGAAGCUUCUGGAGCUCGUCUGAAUGCUUCUGACUCUUGCCUUCCUCUCUCUACUGAGCGCUCGCUGGUUGUUCUUGGUGUCGCUGAUGCCGUUCACAUUGCUACAUACUAUGUAGCCAGCACCCUUGUUGAACAGCUUACUGAACGCUUUGGUGGCCCCGCCGCUUCUGCUUAUGCCACUCGCAGCGGUGGGCCUGCCGGUGUCGUCCCUGGUGGCAUGCAGGUUGUCCCCUAUGUCCCGCAACCUGCAGGCGGUCACUAUGGUCAUCCGGACACAUUCAAGCGUCAUGCAGGCCACGCUGCUGCUCGCACUCCUGCUAACGCGUAUGGUAUGCCCUACAUUCACGGCCAGGCUCCUCAGCAGGCUGCUGCUGCGCCUCUUCACUACGGCGGCUCUCCCCAGGUAGGCUACGCUGGUGCAGGCCCGCACCAGCCCCAUGCUGCUGCACACAUGGCUACGGCUGCUUCUGCUCACGCUGGACCUGCCGCUGCUGCUGCCGGCGGUGCCAACCCCAUGACAGGCAUGAUGCCUGGACAGCCGCUUACACAGCAAAUCUUCAUUCCCAACGAUAUGGUUGGUGCAAUCAUUGGCAAGGGUGGUGCCAAGAUUAAUGAGAUUCGACAAUUGAGUGGUAGUGUGAUUAAGAUCAAUGAGCCACAGGACAACAGCAAUGAGCGUCUGGUCACCAUUACUGGAACCCAGGAAUGCAACCAGAUGGCUCUUUAUAUGCUCUAUUCUAGGCUUGAAAGCGAAAAGCACCGCGUGUAA